AGGCAAUGAUGUCACCGCAAUCCAACACCGAGCUCGAUAUUCCACCUCAACUGCAACUUGCUGCAACUCAAAUACAUUGAUACCACCAGAGAGCAUCUCAAACAUUGCAAAAUGGCAUUUCGAACACUCACCGCCAAAGCCGCCGCCGAGCUUGACAAAGAGCUCAUGUCCACCGGCGCAUUCUCACUUGACCAAUUGAUGGAGCUCGCCGGGCUCUCCGUAUCCCAAGCCAUCUACCGUCUCCACCCUCCCAGCGCCGGCCGCAAGAUCCUAAUCGCCUGCGGGCCCGGCAACAACGGCGGCGACGGCCUUGUCUGCGCGCGGCACCUGUGGCACUACAAGUACCAGCCGACGGUGUACUACCCGAAGCGGCCAUCCAACGCUUUAUACCAGCGUCUCACGCAGCAACUGGUCGAUCUCGGCGUGCCCUUCACAGAAGACUUCCACGGUGCGUUGAAAGACACGCACCACGUCGUGGAUGCGAUCUUCGGGUUCAGUUUCUCGCCUCCGAUCCGCGAGCCAUUCCCCGCGGUCAUCGCGGCGAUGCGCGAUGCAAAUGUCCCAGUGACGAGUGUGGACGCGCCUAGUGGCUGGGGCGUCGAGACGGGGAUUCCGGAGGAUGGCCCCGCGAAGGGGUUUAUGCCCGAUGCCCUGGUGAGCUUGACCGCGCCGAAGCCGUUGGUUAGGUACUAUAGGGGCAGACAUUUUGUGGGCGGCAGGUUUGUGCCGCCAGGUAUUGCCGAGAAGUAUGGCGUGGAUAUUCCCGAGUAUCAGGGUGUGGAUCAGAUCGUCGAGGUAGGCGAGGUUGCGGAGGGUGAGAAGUUGUGAUGGAGGGUGGGAUGGCUUGAUACUGCUGGUGGAGGCAAUGCACAAUGAGAAUUGGGAUACACGGUGCUUCUAUCACAGCAUACUGGAUUGGGUCAGCGAGCAAGUUGUAGCAGUAAUGCUAAGCAUUUCACAAGCAAAAUCACCUAACGUUAUAUGCGAACAAAAAAUAUCG